GGGCCGCCGCAGUCAUACCAUCUGGCCUCCGCCGCGCCUUCGGGGUUUGAGGCGGAUGGGCAGCGGUGCCAGCGUAUCGCCCGGGGCUGGGCGGUCCCUGGAAGACAGAGAAUCUGCCUUCUCAAGAUGCCAGAGUGAAUAUACACAAGGAAAGCAGCAAAGUGGGCAAAAGUUCCUUCCCUCACUCCUCACAUACUCACAUGCACACACUAACCUUGAAGCAAUGAGAUUGAGUGAUUGGCACUUGGGACCACAGAGAAAUGUCAGAGUGUUUGGUUACAGACUCAAGGAAACCUCUCAUUUUAGAGGGCUUAUUUGUUUUUAAGCAAAAUUUUGGACUGUGAAGCAAGGCAUUGGGUGAAGACAAGAUGGCCUCCCCGGCUGACAGUUGUAUCCAGUUCACACGCCAUGCUAGUGACGUUCUUCUCAACCUGAAUCGCCUCAGGAGCCGUGACAUUUUGACUGAUGUUGUCAUUGUGGUGAGCCGUGAACAGUUUAGAGCCCAUAAGACAGUCCUCAUGGCCUGCAGUGGCCUUUUCUACAGCAUCUUCACAGACCAGCUGAAAUGCAACCUUAGCGUGAUCAAUCUGGAUCCUGAGAUCAACCCUGAGGGGUUCUGCAUCCUUUUGGACUUUAUGUACACAUCUCGGCUCAACCUUCGGGAAGGCAACAUCAUGGCUGUGAUGGCCACAGCUAUGUACCUGCAGAUGGAGCACGUUGUGGACACUUGCCGGAAGUUUAUCAAAGCCAGUGAAGCAGAGAUGGUUCCUCCCAUCAAGCCUCCUCGUGAAGAGUUCUUGAACAGCCGGAUGUUGAUGCCYCAAGACAUCAUGGCCUAUCGGGGUCGUGAGGUGGUAGAGAACAACCUACCGCUAAGGAAUACCCCUGGAUGUGAAAGCAGAGCCUUUGCCCCCAGCCUUUACAGUGGCCUAUCCACACCACCAGCCUCUUAUCCCAUGUAUAGCCACCUCCCGGUCAGCAGCUUCCUCUUCUCUGACGAGGAGCUACGAGAUUCCCGGAUGCCUAUGGCCAAUCCUUUUCCCAAGGAGCGGGGCCUCCCCUGYGAUAGUGCCAGGCCAGUGCCCAGUGAGUACACCCGGCAUGCCAUGGAGGUGUCCCCCAGUAUGUGCCACAGCAACAUCUACUCACCCAAGGAGGCUGUCCCAGAAGAGGCACGAGGUGACAUGCACUACAGUGUGGCUGAGGGCCCCAAGCCUGCUGCCCCCUCAGCCCGGAAUGCCCCAUACUUCCCCUGUGACAAGGCCAGCAAAGAAGAAGAAAGACCCUCUUCGGAGGAUGAGAUUGCCCUGCAUUUCGAGCCCCCUAACGCACCCCUGAACCGGAAGGGUCUGGUGAGUCCACAAAGCCCUCAGAAAUCCGACUGCCAGCCCAACUCCCCCACGGAGUCCUGYAGUAGCAAGAAUGCCUGCAUCCUUCAGGCCUCUGGCUCCCCUCCAGCCAAGAGCCCCACUGACCCCAAAGCCUGCAACUGGAAGAAGUACAAGUUCAUCGUGCUCAACAGCCUCAACCAGAAUACCAAGCCUGAGGGGCCUGAGCAGGCUGAGCUGGGCCGCCUCUCCCCACGAGCCUACACUGCCCCCUCUGCCUGCCAGCCACCCAUGGAGCCUGAGAACCUUGACCUCCAGUCUCCAACCAAGCUCAGUGCCAGUGGGGAGGACUCCACCAUCCCACAAGCCAGCCGGCUCAAUAACAUUGUCAACAGGUCUCUGACAGGUUCACCCCGUAGCAGCAGUGAGAGCCACUCGCCGCUCUACAUGCACCCCCCCAAGUGCACAUCCUGUGGCUCUCAGUCCCCGCAGCAUGCAGAGAUGUGCCUGCACACUAGUGGGCCUUCGUUCCCUGAGGAGACUGGAGAGACCCAGUCCGAGUACUCRGAUUCCAGCUGUGAGAACGGGGCCUUCUUCUGCAAUGAGUGUGACUGCCGCUUCUCUGAGGAGGCCUCGCUCAAGAGGCACACGCUGCAGACCCACAGCGACAAACCCUACAAGUGUGACCGCUGCCAGGCCUCCUUCCGCUACAAGGGCAACCUCGCCAGCCACAAGACCGUCCACACGGGCGAGAAACCCUAUCGUUGUAACAUCUGUGGGGCCCAGUUCAACCGGCCAGCCAAUCUGAAGACCCAUACUCGAAUUCACUCUGGAGAGAAGCCCUACAAAUGCGAAACCUGUGGAGCUAGAUUUGUUCAGGUAGCCCACCUCCGUGCCCACGUGCUCAUCCACACUGGCGAGAAGCCCUAUCCUUGCGAAAUCUGUGGCACCCGUUUCCGGCACCUUCAGACUCUGAAGAGCCAUCUGCGCAUCCACACGGGAGAGAAACCUUACCAUUGCGAGAAGUGCAACCUGCAUUUUCGUCACAAAAGCCAGCUGCGACUUCACUUGCGCCAGAAGCAUGGCGCCAUCACCAACACCAAGGUGCAGUACCGCGUGUCGGCCACUGACCUGCCUCCGGAGCUCCCCAAAGCCUGCUGAAGCAUGGAGUGUUGAUGCUUUCCUCUCCAGCCCCUUCUCAGAGUCUACCCAAAGGAUACUGUAACACUUUAUGAUGUUCAUCCCAUGAUGUAGUGCCUCUUUCAUCCACUAGUGCAAAUCAUAGCUGGGGGUGGGGGUGGGGUCGGGGCCUGGGGGGUAGGAGCCAUGGCAGCUCCUGGCCCCCCCUGCUGCCAUAAAACAUUAAGAAAAUAAUAUUGCUUCUCCUAUGUGUACGGCGAACCACGUCAGCAAAAAGCAAAAUCAUUUUAUAUAUCAAAGUGGGGGAGUACGCAAAAGUUCUGACUUGACAGUCUGCAAAAUGAGGAAUGUAUAUGUUUUGUGGGAACAGAUGUUUCUUUUGUAUGUAAAUGUGCAUUCUUUUAAAAGACAAGACUUCGGUAUGUUAUCAAAGAGAGGGCUUUAAUUUUUUUAACCAAAGGUGAAGGAAUAUAUGGCAGAGUUGUAAAUAUAUAAAUAUAUAUAUAUAUAAUAUAAAUAUAUAUAAACUUAAAAAAGAUAUAUUAAAAAUAUAAAACUGCGUUAAAGGCUCGAUUUUGUAUCUGCAGGCAGACACGGAUCUGAGAAUCUUUAUUGAGAAAGAGCACCUAAGAGAAUAUUUUAAGUAUUGCAUCUGUAUAAGUAAGAAAAUAUUUUGUCUAAAAUGCCUCCGUGUAUUUGUAUUUUUUUGCAAGUGAAGGUUUACAAUUUACAAAGUGUGUAUUAAAAAAAAACAAAAAGAACAAAAAAAGCUGCAGAAGGAAAAAUGUGUAACUUUGUUCUAGUUUUCAGUCUGUAUAUACCUGUACAACGUGUCCUCACGGUGCCUUUUUUCAGACGUUUUCAGUGAUGGACGAGUGUGCGCCAUCCCUUUUUGAAGUGUAGGCAGACACAGGGACUUGAAGUUGUCACUAACUAAACUCUCUUUGGGAAUGUUUGUCUCAUCCCAUUCUGCGUCAUGCUUGUGUUGUAACUACUCCGGAGACAGGGUUUGGCUGUGUCUAAACUGCAUUACCGCGUUGUAAAAUAUAGCUGUACAAAUAUAAGAAUAAAAUGUUGAAAAGUC